ACCACACACAGUACACCAACUCUUUUCGUUUGGCUCUAAUAAGAGCGCUGAAAAUAAUCUAUCCACGUCAAGAACUGCUAAGGGAAGAGAACAGUUUUGUAUGUGAAACUACCACACGAAAGAGUCGGUAUUCAUCACAAAAUUGGAACUGCUGCAAUGUCUGAUCUAGUGACACUCAAUGUCGGAGGCAGUCUCUAUACAACGACUGUUGCAACACUGACCCCUAAACCAGUCUCCAUGUGGCCUAGCAUGUACACACCUAGAAUGGUGAUAGGCCGUUAUCACAUAGACAAAAAGGACAACAACGGCCACUACAUCAUCGACGGAGACGGGCCCAUCUUCCGUCACGUCUUGAACUUCCUCCGCCGCUCCUCGCUCUGUCUUCCCAAUGACUUCAAGGAGUGGGACCUCCUGAGUGCGGAGGCAGAGUUCUUCCAAUUCAAGGAGCUGAUAGAUGCAGUAAAGUUAAUCAAAGAGAAACGCAGCAGACAGGAGAUAGAAUUCAAAGAAAUUACUUUCUCGCGUGAUGUUGAUGAUAGUGGAGAUCUUGAUUGUCAUUAUGAAUUUACCCUCAGAGGGCACGUAGAGACUCUAAAGCAAAUACCAACCCUUGCGGAUUACCUCGGUGACGCAAGCCACGGCGACUCGGUGUUCGAAUUUAAGUGCAGCAGGGACAAGCCAGAUCGCAUGACGACGUACAAGAUGAUUACACGACUGGGCUUCAAGCUGUUGAACACUACCUCUUCAGUGUCGAAGACCGAGGAAACAUGGUCACGUGAAAAGCAGAUCACUUUGUUUGGGCGUUAA